GGUAUUACUAUACCACCCUAACAAAACCAGAAGGCGAAUCCUGAUACUGGCAGAUGCAACACGAAACGCUCUACAGAUAGUUAAAGUUGACGUUUUCGUGAAAUGCUAGGCGACUAGAUUCAGUAUGACAGGCAGCAUGUUUAACAUCAUGAGCGACGACGAAAAACCGAUAAUAAAAACAUUUCGGCGAUUGGGAAUCGGUCUACGGGAGAUUGUAAUUAUGGCGCUCUUAAUUGGAUUAGCAGUAAUUUGCAUCAUACUCGCAGCUCUGUUGUCCGUAGAAAAAGCAAAGACGAAAGCAAAUGCCUCCGGUCCAAGUUCUAGUGCCCAGACUGGAAAUAACGGACAGUUCUGUCUCGUCCCUCCGUGUCUGAAAAUCGCUGCCCAUGCAAUGGAGAACAUGAAUACAUCCGUGGAUCCGUGUGACGAUUUCUACCAAUAUGCAUGUGGAAAUUUUGCAAACACCCACAAGGUAGAUGCGGUAAACGGCUUGCAUAGUACCUUGACCGACCUGGAGAAGAACAACGAAAGAAAAGUGGAAUCAUUGCUGUUGAAGCCCAUCGAUAGAUACUCGGAGUCAUCGUCUGAACGAAAACUGAAGGAACUUUACCAGUCCUGCAUGGACGAAUUUUCUAAAGAAAGGCAAAAGGGUAAACCGGUUAUAGAUAAGAUUAUUCCGAAAAUGAAUGGUUGGUACGUGUUUGGAAACUGGAAACAGGCGGAAUUUGAUAUUAACAAAGCUCUGAAAACUGUGCAGACAGACUUUUUAACAACGGCACUGUUCACUCCGUAUCCAGGAUAUGAUUAUGAAGACAUUACCAAGAAAAGGAUAGAGAUAUAUGCAGGUGGAAUCAGCUACAACAUGCCGUAUUUCAGCUAUCUCGAUCUAUCGGGGUCAAAGGAAGAAACAGAUUACAAGACUUUCGUGAGACGAGUUGCUAAACUGCUGCUGAGAGACGCUAGCAUCAACAUAACUUCAGACGUGAACAAGAGGAUCGAUCAAUUCGUUGAAGACAUAUAUCAUAUAGAAGGGAAAAUUGUUGAGACAGAUUUUAACUUUAUAAAUGAAGACUUUCCUGGCGGGAAACUUAUUAGCCUUGGUGAACUGACCAAAAACACGGGAUCUGUCAUCGACUGGACAGUUCAGAUUGGCUCUGUUUUCGAUAAAGUGGCCGUUACCAAAGAUACCCUGGUAUACGUGGAUAACAUGAACUACAUGAUGCUUAUGAUGCAAUACAUAGAUGGUCUGGACAAAGCUGAGAUGCCCAGAAUUAUGCACAACUAUCUGCUAUGGAGGACUGUUGAACGACUCCUGCCAGAACUGUCUUCGGAAUACGUGUAUGCAGACAGAGAAAUCUAUGUAGACCUAAACGGAUACACGCAAUUCCAACCUAGAUCGGAUAUCUGUCUACAGGGGACGUUGCAGACGUUCCCGGACUCUAUGGGUGCCCUCUUCAUAGCAGACCACUUUGUCGAAAAGAACAAGAACCACGUAACAGAUAUUACAAACACCUUGAAAACGACAUUUACCGAAUUCAUCUCCGAAAACACCUGGAUGGAUUACCAAACAAAGAAGAUUGCUACUGACAAAGUCAAUGACAUGAAAAUUCUUAUUGGAUACCCACAAUUUAUCGCUGACCACAACAUAUUAGACGAUAUGUACAAGUGGUUUCAUAUCAAUGGUUCUGAUUAUUUCCAAAACAUUUUAAACAUCAAUGAAGUGGAACGUCGGAAGUGGAACGAGUUUAUGACAUCAGAGGACCGUGAGAAGUGGUACUUCAAUGUUUUUUCCGCCGAUGCCAGUUAUUACCACCUGCUAAACCAAGUGACGAUUCCCGCUGGCUUGCUACAGUUCCCCGUGUAUGACUACGACAUACCACACUACAUGACGUUCGGGUCAAUCGGAUCACUAACAGGAAGAGCCAUAUUAUUUGCCACCGACGUUGAUGGCCGACAAUUUGAUAAAAACGGCAGGAUGAUAACGGACAGUGACACGGGGUUCUGGUCAGCAUCAACGGCGAAGGAUUUCAAUGACACUGUCUUAAACUGCAUGACCAAAUCGACUGCCAAGGUCACACAGGGACCUUUCACCGACACCGAUCAAUCAGUUCAUUAUAUUCCGAUCAGUGACCGUAUCACACGUGCCAUGAUUACUAAUGCAGCGGCUGUACGGUUUAGCCUUGAAACUUACAAGCAAUGGAAGAAACAAGGCAAGGCGAAGGAGUUGCGUCCCCUGGCCACCAAUCUCAAUGAUGAGCAAAUGUUCUUCGUGUCGUAUGCUCAGACGUUUUGUGAAACUUUUAAUGAUGCUCGAGGAAUUGAAAUGGCUUCAAGUUAUGGAAUAAAAAGUGUCAGGGUUAACCUAGAGCUGAAACAGUUGGAUGAAUUCAGCCAAGCCUUCAAGUGUCCCCCAGGGUCAAACAUGAACCCGCCCAACAAGUGCCCGCUGUUCUGAGUAACGCUGCGGUUAUAGCGACUCGCAGCCUCCGUCGUGUAAACACUUGUGUUAAACCCAUCUGUAUAAAAGAACCACUUGACUAACGCACAGACUCUUUAACUAUUUUUUAAAGCUUCGUCUAAACUGCUCCAAUCACCUUUGGCUGAGCACUCAAUUUUUGGUUUGUUUUGGCCUCUAAGUUUAGCCAGACAUGGUUAUUCUCAACUUUACUAAAAUUUUCCAAAUUCCGCCAACCUCAAACUUACCCUCCUGCCCCGGAACUAGUCACUGGCGAAGUCACAGGUUAAGUCCGGGGUGGGCGUGCCUGAAUCUUCAUUGGAUAUGGGCACGUUAAACCAGUUCUCUUCCCUUCUAACUGAAGUAAACUCUCUGCUGAAGCCAGAGGUUGUGUCCAUGACAAACGUGCUUGAACAGUUCUCUAAUGAAAGCAUGCAGAGAUACCUACAUUCACAUCCAUUGCACCACAAUAUAUACAGAGAUGAUCCGCAUAUUCCUUUUAUAAUCCUGACCAGAGGCGGAUGUAGCGUGUUUUUAAGGACGGGUGCAAUUUAAAAAUAAACAUAUAUAUUUUAAAGGACACUAACAUGCAAUCAGCCGACCAAUAUAUUAUAAUCCGUUUGCGUCAAAAGAGAACCUUUGAAUUGACAUAUAACCCUAUCAUGUCUGUGGGAUGAUGCAUAUUAUAAAAGAUCCCUUGCUACAAAUAUAAACAUGUAGCGGGUUUCCUACCUAAGACUAUACGUUACACAACCAGACCUGUUUAUAACGGCCACUUAAGUAAAUAACACCAUAAUAUAUAUUUUUCACACACGUACAUGGGUAGAUGUCAGCAUGCAAGUGUCUAACAUUAAACAUAAAUAAAGUUAGGUUUGUUUGGGGUUUUAGUUUUUGGCUUUGUUUUUAGUGGAUUUUUUUUUUUUUUUUUUUUUUUUUUUUUGUGAAAAAAUCACAACGACUUAAAAUCAUUAUAAAUUUCCGAUUUCUUUUCAAUAAUUGAAAUUUCCCGAUCCGAUGCAGUAAUUUCAAUUUAAGCACUUAGAAGGCGCCUUUUUAUACCGACUGAAAUAAAUUUAUCAUAUGUGGAAUAAUGCUAUGUGCCCGUUAUAGUCAGGUUUGACUGUAUUCUAUAAAGCAUUUAUAAAUUAUUUUAAACGGAGAUCAAAUAUAAAAUGCUGAGGAACACUGACAGGUUACGAAGUUUGAAAUAGACCAAGGGCCGCAACUCUUCAAAGCCAAAGAUUCAAGCACGCUCUUCGGGUUAGUGAACUCGCCAGAAUGUGUGAGUUUGAGCAUAUUCAUAUUACAAACUAAAAUGGGUCGUUUAUAUGCAAUUUCAUACAGAAAGGGUUAGCACAUGACACGACAUUAACGCGGUAUACAGUGUGACCUUUUAAGCAGUAUGUAUACAUGCCAACUGACUGAGUGGAAGUAAUAGUCUGUCCCAUCCUCCAAUAACAAUUUUGUUUUGCAAAUAAUUUCAAUUUAGUUUGACUCAAGAAGAAAAUUAUUUUUAAAAUUGCAUACAAAAAUUGUCGUCUGUUUUUUUUGUUAGUCCCGAAACACUUUUUAUUUUCUUCUUGCGUCAAACCAAAUUGAAAUUAUUUUACAAAAACCAUUGUGAUAGGAGGACAAAAGGGACUAUGGUUCAACGAAUAAGAUUUUUAAAAAUUGAACUAAAAUACUAGAUUAUGAUAUGAUCGUUCAAGGUUAUUGGGUUCUUUCUUUAAUUGAAACCCUCGAUUUUAUCAGAUUUAAAAGUUAAUUAGCUAUAAUUAAUUUGUAUAAAAUCCAAAUGUUUACCACAGUCUCUAAUUUUGGAAAAUCUAGCAUUUUUUAUGAACACAACUGUUUUGUAUUGCUUGACACACACCUGUCGAUUAACCCUGACACUACAAUCGCGUUAUUCGGUAGACUUGGGACAAAGACACUAUAGGUGAUAUCUGUUGUUUUUUGACGUCAUCUUUCCCCGAAACACCAACUAGACCGUCACGUCGACUGAUGUAUGUUGCCGCAUAUUUUCAGACGAAUUGCUGACUCGACAGUCGAGUCGACGUUAAUCGGUAAGUGUGUGCCAAGCAUAAAAUGUCAAGUUGUUGUACACGCCGAUUGCUCCGUUGGAUGCUUAGCUUUGUGAUUACGAGUUCUUAGAGUGUGUUUCCGACGCUUUGUGAAUACCUGUACUUAUUAAAUAACCUCUAUAAUCAGGUACGUUAUAUUCGGAUACAUGUAUUACAAUUACAGAAUAUGCGAUUAAGAAUAUUUCGACAGAACUUUCUUUUUAUGUUUAUGAUAAAUGUUGAAAUGAAAGUUCGCGCAUCUGGAUCUAUUCCCUGUGUCAUCACUUUAUUUGUUUGCAUUUAACAUAUAUUUAACACCCAAUAGCCGAUGUAUUUUUCGUGCUGGGGUGUCGUUAAACAUCCAUUCUAUUCCCUAUGCCCUAUUCUCUUCUUCCGUUCUGGUAGCAUCCCGCAACAGUCGUAAUUCUUGCCGUCCAACUCCACGUUUCAGUCCUUGUUUCUUCAACCACAACACUUUCGUGUUUGUGUGGCCGUUCAUGUCACAUAGUAAUGCUUAGAACAUGAAGUCAUCUGUUUUUAUUUUAAUCUGUAUACAAGGUGAAACGUAAAUAAAGAAUCUGUCCGUCUGUCUGUAUAUCAACAUUAUACAAUUCUGAACUCAGUAGAAUCUAAAUCAGGUGAAUAUGCUUGCCAGUUUAUUCUUUUAUCCUGAUUAAAACAUAAAAAGGAGACUUUGAAUGAUAACAGAUACAAUCCAACUAAUUAAAAGUGACGGCUCAGAAUAUUAGUAUUAGUAUUUGAAAAAGAUAAAAAAAAAACUGUGUUAAUAUAUAUGUUUAAUCCACAAAGGUUAGUGACAGAUGCUAGCUAGAAUUGCAAUAUAUUUUUAUAUGAUAGUAUCAUGUUACAUAGAUUGCUGGAAUAAUAUUUUUAUUUGAUAUGUUACACAGAGGAUAUUGCCCCAUGUACACGUCUUGUGUCUUAUUUUAUUUCAGAAUAAAUAUUUAUAAAGUG